AAUAUGAGGUUUCCGUUUUCUCAAUCUUCGUGUGUGAUACCAAAUUGAUUUUUUUUUAUAUCAUUUGGAUUUUGUAAACUCUAUAAGUAUGAAAGUUCAAGAUUCGAAGCCUAUAUCCUAAAUCUAUUCCUUCAACUUACGAAAAACAAGACAAAAAAAAAAAAGCGACAAUGAGAUUGUUCUUAGUGUUUGCGAUUCUCUUUGGCUUUUACAGUGAGGUCUAUGGGAAAGGUUCUUUAGAUAUCGAUAUGAAAUUGAAGGCUCUUAAUAAGCCUGCGUUGAAGACCAUCAAGAGUGAAGAUGGAGAUAUAAUAGAUUGUAUUGAUAUCUAUAAACAGCAUGCCUUUGAUCAUCCCGCUUUAAGAAACCACAAGAUUCAGAUGAAACCAAGAGUGGAGUUUGGUGCAAUGAAGACUACUAUUCCAAACAACGGUUCUGAUGAACAAAUAACGUCUCAGAUUUGGUCCAAAUCUGGAGACUGUCCUACUGGGACAAUACCGGUUCGUAGAGUUAGUAGAGAAGACAUAAGAAGAGUCUCUUCACCGUCUCGUUUUGGGAAAAAACCUCCUCGUAAAUACAGUUUUCUCGACAACGCACUUCAGCACAAGGGCAAUUUCAAUAUAACUGCUGAAAGAGUAAACCGUCCCCGCCCAAUGUUUAUAUCGGAGGCAGUCCUUAUCGCCCUAGGGUACAAUUAUCUUGGCGCUCAAUCCGAUAUAAAUGUGUGGAAUCCUCCGAGGGUUCAGGCAAGCGAUUACAGCUCUUCUCAGAUAUGGCUACUUGGUGGACUCUCAGAUACGUUUGAAAGCAUAGAAGCUGGUUGGGCGGUGAAUCCAAGCGUUUUCGGGGACUCACGCACUCGUCUCUUCACCUAUUGGACUAAAGAUGGAUAUGAUCAAACAGGGUGCUUCAACCUCUUAUGUUCUGGUUUUGUGCAAACAAGUACUAAGUUUGCCUUAGGCGGAGCAAUAGAACCCGUUUCGACUCCCUCGCAAAAACAAUAUUACUUCACCGCCAGCAUGUCCUUGGAUACAGGCAACGGGGAUUGGUGGCUUGUUUACGCAAACCACGUGGUAGGUUAUUGGCCAGGGUCACUCUUUAGUUACCUCAAACAUAGCGCAACCGCGGUGCACUGGGGUGGAGAAGUCCAUAGUCCUAACGUGCGGAAGAAGCAGCACACAAGAACUUCGAUGGGGAGUGGACAAUGGGCAUCUUACUUGUGGGCCCAAGCUAGUUACCACACAAACAUUAGGAUCAAGGACAAUUCUUUACAGAUAAAAUACCCCGAGUAUCUAUCCGAGUAUGCUGAUGAGUACAACUGUUAUUCUACAAAGCUGCAUCGGAGAACGUAUAAGUCAGAGCCUCACUUUUACUUUGGAGGACCUGGCCAGAAUUCUCGUUGUCCUUAAUCUCAUUUUUAUUUUUUUUAAUGUUCAUUCAGAAAGUAUGAUACAUUCUCUACCUUCUUGUCAAAUUGA